UGAAGGAGCAGACAGUCACGCGCCAGUGCUGUGACAGGCAGUGUGAGUGUCAGUUUCAUUACAGUUAACGUUACGCGAGUUGCUAGCUUGCUAGAUAUUCUCUUUUCUGAACACAUUGAUUUUGUGUCAGGUCGAGCAAGAAAACUGUUAAGAUAGGAGGCUAAAUGGCAGACGUUGGAACGUGUGUCAUUCAUUAAAGGUUUGACGUUUUUCCAGUGAACAUUUUAAGUCAACAAGUCAGCUGAAGAUGGCCAGCAGGAAUGCCAGUGAGAGCACCCCUCUUUUGGACAGCAGCUCGGUGACUGUGAACAGGCCUGUGUCAGUGUUCCAGGGCAGAAGACUGGCAUGUGCGACUAUUCUGCUGGCAGAAUCAUUGGAACGAGUGGCAUUCUAUGGCAUCACUUCCAACCUGGUCCUUUUCCUCAACAGUAGCCCAUUUUAUUGGGAGGGAACUCAGGCCAGCCAGGCACCACUGAUGUUCAUGGGGGUUACAUACCUGAUCUCACCAUUUGGUGGCUGGCUGGCUGAUGCAUAUCUGGGAAAGUUCUGGACCAUUGCUGGCAGUUUGAUCCUGUACUUUCUUGGCAUACUGUUUUUCCCAUUUAUCGCAAGUACAGACUCCCAGAAUACCCUGUGUGGUGAUGAAAUGGCAUUUCCAGUGCAACCAGCUGAAUGUUUGAGCACAAACGGUACCCUUCCAAGCAAUGUGACCUGCCCCACACGGGCACCUUACUGUGGGCCAGUGAUCUACACUGCCCUUGUUCUCAUUGCCCUUGGUGUGGGAACAGUGAAAUCAAACAUCACUCCAUUUGGGGCAGACCAGGUAAAAGAUCGUGGCCCAGAGGCCACUCGCAGGUUCUUCAACUGGUUCUACUGGUGCAUCAACCUAGGGGCCAUCUUGUCCCUAGGUGGCGUGGCUUACAUCCAGCAGAACAUCAACUUCCAGUUGGGGUACAUCAUCCCAGCUGUGUGCCUGGGUGUCUCCUUCCUGGUGUUCCUGCUGGGGCGUACAGUCUUCAUCAACAAGCCAGCUGACGGUAGUGCCUUCACUGAUAUGUUCAAGAUCCUGGGUUACGCCUGCUGCACUGCACAGCCCAAAGAGCCCAACCUGCUACGGGCUAAACCGACCAUGCUGGACGGUGCCAAGGUGACAUAUGGAGGGAGAUUCCCAGAGGAGAAGGUGGAGGAGGUGAAAGCAAUGCUUAAAGUUCUCCCGGUGUUCUUUGCUCUUAUCCCAUACUGGACUGUAUACUUUCAGAUGCAGACAACAUAUUUCCUCCAGAGCCUACAUCUAAGGAUUCCUGACACCAGUACAGGCACCAACAGUAGUGACGGAACCCUCCAGAUCACAUUCCGCUUCCCUGCCGCCUGGCUGACAAUGUUCGACGCAGUGCUUAUUCUCAUGCUGAUCCCCCUUAAGGACAAAGUGGUGGACCCCAUCCUCAAACGCAGAGGCCUGCUGCCCUCCUCCCUCAAGAGGAUCGCAGUGGGGAUGUUCUUUGUCAUGUGGUCAGCUGUGGCGGCUGGUAUACUGGAGACAAAACGACUUGAGAUCAUCAAAUCUAAUGGCACCAUUGACCAGGUCUUUGGCGACGUCAUCUACUACGCAGCAGAUCUGCCCAUAUGGUGGCAGGUGCCCCAGUAUGUGCUCAUCGGAAUCAGCGAAAUCUUUGCCAGCAUCGCAGGUCUGGAGUUUGCCUAUUCAGCCGCCCCCAGGUCCAUGCAGAGUGCCAUCAUGGGACUGUUCUUCUUCUUCUCUGGGAUUGGUUCCUUCGUGGGCUCCGGCCUACUGGCCAUCGUCUCCCUCAAAGGGAUUGGCUGGAUGUCCUCCCACAAGGACUUUGGUAACAUCAAUGACUCCCAGCUCAACUACUACUUCUUCCUGCUAGCUGGGAUCCAGUGUGUUACCCUGCUGGUCUUCCUCAUCGUGUCGGUCAAAUACGACAAACAGAAGAGUAGUAGAGCAGGAAGCCAAAGGCUGGGUAUCACUCCCUCUUGACCCCAGGACUGACCCAUGUCCAUCUGACUUCACCCGACCUGCCUUAGUGCAUAGUGGUUCGUGCCAAACACCUCUGUGAUUUGGAAUGGGAUAGAGUUUUUAUUUUUCCUCAAUAAGUUUGUAAGACUAUUACAUUUUAAGGCAACAAAAAAAAACGUACCAGUCAAAAGUUUGGACACACCUACUCAUUCAAGGGUUUUUCUUUAUUUUUACUAUUUUCAACAUUGUAGAAUAAUAGUGAAGACAUCAAACUAUGAAAUAACACGUAUGAAAUCAUUUCAUUUCGUAACCAAACAAGUAUUUAAACAAAUAUUUUAGAUUCUUCAAAGUAGCCACCCUUCGCCUUGAUGACAGCUUUGCACACACUUGGCAUUCUCUCAACCAGCUUCACCUGGAAUGCUUUU